AUGGCCGCCGCCACGUGUGCUCGAGACACGGAGAAGCCUGACCUCGAGACCAAGCUGGACGAAUUAUUCGACAGGUUCUGGAGGACAAUAGCAACCAGGGAGCAACAGGCCAAGGCAUGCAAACCUGUCACAGUGUUGCCGGUUAACUCCCAACAAGAGUGCACACCUCCUCAUGCAAAUAAAGUCCACAAACGGCACCGUGGACGGCAAAAACGAAGAGCCCGAAAGCCCAAGAGACUACCACUGCCAAAGGCGGCGACCCAUCACAGCAAGUGCCUGGCGAAAUUAAACCUUCCUGAGAGGCAUGAAAAGACGACUCUGCAGCAGCGGAACACUGAGUCAAAUAAAGACCGGACACGGCCGGGGGAUCACGGGCAGACCACGACUCAACUCCUCCGCCAAGAUCAUCCAGAGGUGUAUCCUCACCCUGGCAGACCCCGGAGGCAACACCACAACCCGCUGCACAGCACCUCACACAGGCUACCCCACGAUAGCAGGUCCACUUCACCGGAGCGGGGCUCUGAUCUCGCAGUCGCACAGACCUCAUGCAUCAUACGGAGUGGCUUGCUAUACUAUACCACCAAACAGAUCCCUGCAACCAGGCAGCAGGCCUUGAGAUCUGGAGUCGGCUGGGGGACUACCUUAAAAUGGCUACCGGAGUCCAACACCUACUUUGGGUUCUGCUGGGACACUUGCGGACUUUACCUACACUGCGGACAUAUUUUAUAUAAACAGCAGAGGACUCUAUUUACGGCAAAAGAGCAAAGUUUGCCUUGA